GUUUCUGUAGAUAAAACGGGACGUCUAAAAUAAUACAAAAAUAAUAAAAGUGAAAAGAACAUAAUUAAUUUGUAUACGAUGAUAUUAAAUACAAUUAGUCCGUCUGUUAAAUUAGGUCUUCAUUUUUGCGGUGUUUGGCCUGGAACAUCAUUUCAUUACUUACAUAAAAUAUGUUGGGUGAUAGCGAUAAUUACGCUACAAACUUAUCAAUACAGAUUCAUUGUUAUGCAUUACAGUACUGAUUCUCUUAUGAAUAUAACAGAUAAUUUAAGUAUCGCCGUGCCAUUCAGUUUAGUGUUUGUCAAAUUAGUUGUCACUUGGAUAAAUUACGGUGUAUUUUGUGACAUUUUAUCAACCAUGGAACAGGAUUGUCAAAAAUAUACUGAAAUGGAUAUAAAUAAUUUGAUAUCGAAAACGGGGCAGGUCUCUUUUUAUUUAACAAGCAUGAUUAUGUCCUCGUAUCUGGUGUCUGCGUUUUUUUAUCUUACCGGUACUAUUGCAUUCCAAGGAAGUAACGAUUCAGUGUCUCGAGAGCUUCUUUUUAAGAUGGAUUUACCUUUCGAGACCAAUGAAUCUCCGAAUUACGAACUUGUAGUAACUACACAAUUUCUGAUUCAUUUCUCAGCCGCUCUCACAUUUGGAUCGUUCACUGCUCUGCUUCUAAUGGUGGUACUUCAUGUAGGGUGUCAAAUCGAUAUUAUGUGCCAGAAUUUAACGGAUGUUCUACCCAAAAAUGAAAAUAAGUUAAAACAUUUUAUUAGCAGAUAUCAAGAAAUCAUUAUUUUUACAGAGAAAAUUGAGAAACUUUUUACUUAUAUAGCUCUUAGUCAGCUUGUAUCAAAUACAAUUAACACUUGCUGCGAAGGAUUUCUCAUUGUAAUUGCUUUAAACGAUGACAAUGGACUUCCAUUAUUGAUCAAGUCUGUUUUAUUUUAUGCAGUUAUUUGUUUAGAACUGUUUGUAUAUUGUUUCGCUGGAGAAUAUCUUCGUAUUAAGAGCCAAUUAAUCGGUGAUACAGCGUACGGUGUACUUUGGUACGAUUUACGUCCGAAUGAAAGCCAACUUCUAAUACCUGUUAUAUUAAGGUCUCAAAAGGGUUUCACAUUGACCUUUGGAAAAUUUUCAAGCCUUUCGUUGGAAAGCUUCACAAGCAUUAUGAAGAUUUCAGCAUCAUAUAUGUCAGUACUUCUCGCAGUAUAUUGAAAGAUAUAAUUAUAGCCUAGUAAAUUAUUACGUCUACUUCGAUGUGGAGUUAUGAUAAUAUACAAUUAUUAAGUAUACAAUUGAUUUAACUU